AUGACUACACAAAAACAGAAAGAUAAAAAAAGGAAUUUCAAAAUAUUGUUUGAAAGAAGAAUUAUUUUAUCACAUCAGAAUGAAAAACAUGUAGACAAAUCUAUGUAUGCAUUUUAUGGGAUAUGCUUAAUUAUUUUUUCCGUAUUUAUUAUUUUAUUUUCAACCAUGUUUUUUUUUUUCAAUAUGCAUCCUUAUGCUUUAUAUUAUUAUGUUAUAACGGUUGGUACUAUUCCGAUUUAUAUUUUAUACAAAUAUUUCACGUGGAUAUUUUUACAACUAUUCAAAUAUUCUUAA